AUGCGACGGAAAUCCGCCCUAUUCUAUCCGAUUUUGAGCUCACUUUUAUUCAUUUGCCUUUAUUACAAUGUUCAAUCUACUAUUCGAGGGCAUCAUGAAACUAGGGGCGUGAAAGAUAAUUCUCUUCUAAAGUCAAGGCCAGCUGUUCAGCGUCAAGCCCUUCCGCACCAGAAAUAUCACACAGCAGUCAAGCAAUGUCCUAGCUACAUGGAAUAUGCGUCGAUUCCGCACUUUAGGGAUGUGGACGAAGCAACACCUCUUAGCCUCCCAUUUCAAAGGCCUCCCGAAAAUUGCAGGACAUUCAAAUCUCCGAUGAUCGAGUCAUUUGUGGUCGAGUUCAUCAAAAAAUUGAAAGACAGAGAUUUGGCAAAACUAUUCGAAAACACAUUCCCUAACACCUUAGAUACCACAAUCCUAUGGCACGUCAGUGCAAGUGAAAAUCAGAAACUGGAAUAUCACAAGCAAAAGUCCUUGUCUUACAGAAAUGAGUUUCCAGAGACCUUCAUUGUCACUGGCGAUAUUCAUGCCGAGUGGCUAAGGGACUCAGCGUGGCAGGUGUCAGUGUAUCAGCCUUUCAUAAAGCAUGACAGCAGACUCAAGGAACUGCUACAUGGUGCUAUCAACACGCAGGCUCAGCUUUUAAUCGAAAAUCCAUUUUGUAACGCUUUCAACCCCCCACCCUAUUGCGACGUGCAAAGAGCUGAGAGUACUGUUGACAAAGUACGUCCGUAUCCGGACUGGCGCCGAGUCUUUGAGUGCAAGUACGAAAUUGACUCCCUAGCAUCCUUUUUGACACUGUCUCGCCAAUUUUAUGAGAAUGCAGACUGGGACGACAGGCUCUCUUUCAUCAACAUCGAUUGGCUUCUGGCCGUGAAAAGAGUGAUUGAGGUUGUGGAGCUGGAAUCUUCGUCGACAUUUGCGGAAGAGGGAGCACCAAAUGGCUUUCCAUACACCUUCCAGCGAGACACCAAUGUCGCGUCUGAAACUCUACCCCUUGCAGGCACGGGUAAUCCAGUCAACAGUGGGACAGGUCUCGUUAGAUCGGCCUUCAGACCAAGCGAUGAUUCGACUAUCUUUCAGUUCUUCAUUCCCGGAAACGCAUACAUAGCGGUUGAACUGAAGGCCGUAUUUAAGAUCAUGCAAGAUUAUGUCAAGAGCGGAAAAGCGCAGGACCCAUAUAUUCCUGAAAUCGAGGCUCUUAUGGAAAGCGCAGCUGAUCUUUCUGAGCGAAUCAGACAAGGUAUUAUGGAGCACGGGAUUGUAAAUCAUCCGAAUUUUGGGGAAGUCUUCGCUUAUGAGGUGGACGGGUAUGGAAGUUCUUUGCUUAUGGAUGAUGCCAACAUCCCAUCGCUACUGUCUCUCCCGGAAUUGGGAUUUGUUUCGAUCAAUGAUCCCAUUUACCAGAAUACCAGACGUAUGAUUACCAGCAAAGAGGGGAAUCCCUAUUAUAUUCGCGGGGAGUAUCUACAAGGAAUUGGCGGUCCCCACAUUGGAAUUCACAAUGUUUGGCCUCUAGGUUUGAUUGUAGCUAUUCGCACCUCGGACAACGAUCAGGAAAUCCUUGAUAAUCUGUCAGCUAUACUACACAGUACGGGUGGCCUCGGGUUGAUACACGAGUCAAUUCAAGCCUUCAGACCGGGAGGAAAGCUAUUCACCAGACCUUGGUUUGCCUGGGCCAAUUCAGAGUUUGCCAAAACAAUCUUGUAUUUGGCAGAGACAAGACCCCAUCUGAUUUUUCAAGAACAAUAUUUGGGAGAGAAGUUCGAGCUGCAGAGCUUUCUCUCCGCAUUAGAACCAAGCCAACACUUAUAA